AUGCUUGGAUGUCUUAGAGGCAGAGUCCGUGCCUGCGCCCGUCGACCUGCGAUAUGUAGCCUUCUUGCGGUGCUGGCAUUACGCUUGCGAGUCCUUCAUCUUGCACUACGACGUGCGAACGUAUUCACUGCCUUGGUUGUCCGUGUGAAUGUGCUUGCGGCAUCGUCCGAUUCCUGGCCGUCCGCGGCGGGGGUGUCUUGUCUUGGGGCUGCGUCGCCGGAAUUCCUCGACUAA